CCUCCUUUUCUCCUAUUUUAGCUUUUAGCUCCUAGUUCUCCUCCUUUUCUCCUACUUUAGCUUUAGCUUUUUCUGGACGACUAAAACAUAAAGUCUGUUAAAGAUUUGCAUGUUUAUGGUCACAAUGAAGGUCAUCAUCUUCUUUCUUAUCCUGGGGAUACAGGGAGCAGCGGCAGUGACCCACUCUCUGAAGUAUUUCUACACUGCGUCCUCUCAAGUUCCAAACUUCCCAGAGUUUGUGACUGUUGGGAUGGUUGAUGAUGUUCAGAUUAAUUAUUAUGACAGCAACACGGAGAGAGAGGUGCCCAAACAGGACUGGGUGAACGAUGCAGUAGACCCACAGUUCUGGGAGAGGAACACUGAUAUCUCCAGGGGUUCCCAGCAGACGUUCAAAGCCAACAUUGAGAUUGCAAAGCAGCGCUUCAACCAAACGGGAGGUGUUCACAUUUUCCAGCAGAUGUACAGCUGUGAAUGGGAUGAUGAAACUGGUGAAGUGAACGGAUAUGAGCAGUUUGGUUAUGACGGAGAGGACUUUAUAGGCUUUGACCUGAAGACAGAGACGUGGGUUGCUCCUGUACAACAGGCUGUCAUCACCAAAUACAAGUGGGACAGUAACAGAUUUUACACCAGACAGGCAAAGAACUACCUCACCCAGAUUUGUCCUGAGUGGCUGAAGAAGUAUGUGAACUAUGGGAGGAGCUCUCUGAUGAAAACAGUUCUUCCCUCAGUGUCUCUCCUCCAGAAGACUCCGUCCUCUCCAGUCACCUGCCAUGCUACAGGUUUCUACCCUGACAGAGCUGAGAUGAUGUGGAAGAAAGAUGGAGAGGAGAUUCAUGAGGGUGUGGAGAUAGGAGAGAUCCUCACCAACAAUGAUGGGACCUUCCAGAUGAGUGUUAACCUGGAUCUGAGAUCUGUUCCAGCUGAAGACUGGAGGAGGUACGACUGUGUGUUUCAGUUCUCUGGUAUAAAUGAAAACGUCACCACCACACUGGAUAAAACAGCCAUCAGGACAAAUGAAGCCUCGACAGAAGUGCCCAACAUCACAAUCGGCCCCAGCUCCAGCCCCACUGCCGUCCCCAUCAGCGUACCCAUUGUCACUGCUGCUCUUGUUCUUGCUGUUGUUGCACUAAUCGGAUUCAUUAUUUACAAAAAGAAAACUGCUAAUUCUUCUGAACCUUACAUGAAGACGUCACCUGAAAAUGAUCCUGAAAGGAGCCCUUCAGAUUCAAAACCUUCUUCAGACAUAACCAUCAAAACUGAGCUGAUGACAAGUAAUUUUGACAAAGAGUGAAAUCUGGAACAAAGGAGACAGUUUGAACACUGGACUAACUUCACUUCAUGAGGAUUCUGCAUCAUUGAACUCCUGAGAAAACAUUUCUACUGUAAUGGAAGUGGACUUUUUUUAUUCCAGCCAGGACACAACUUGUGACUGAAACAUACACAAAAGACCUCAAACAACACAAAGGAACCAAUUUUUUACUUUUAUGUCAUAGAAAUAAAAAGAGAAUUACUAUUUUCUGUGAGAAAAGUUACUUUUUAGCCAAACUAACUUUAUUUAUAAAGUGCAUGAAAUUAUGAAAUUUCCCCUUGUGGGACUAAUAAAGGUAUAUCAAAUCAUAUCAUUAAAACAGGAAGUGCUGACCAAAAUACUUAACAUUAAGAACAGAAUUUUAAAAAAUUGAAUAAUUAAUUCAUUAAUAACAAAAACCACAAUGAUAAUAAUAAUAAUAAUAAUAAUAAUAAUAACAUAACAAUAACAUAAACAGAUACAAAUAAAACUACAUAAAUAAAAACACUGAAAAAUAAUAAAAAGAACAGUUUUAAUUUUUUAAGUAUAAUUUUAUACUGUUGGUCUUUUUUAUACAAUGAUGAGUAAGUAAAGAUGAUCCUGAAGAAGAAAAACUACAUCUGUAGGAAUUAUGUGUUUAUUUUCCUCAGUGUUGGGUCUGAGUGUGUUUUACCAUUAUUCAGUUUUAAUGCUGCUUUUGGCCAUUUUUUUUGCUACAGCAGUUCUGUUUGAUUUUAGUUUAACUCUGGAUGUCUUUCCUGACACAACCUCAAAGGGGAUUUUCACCCGGAAUUAAACCAACAACCUUUUGCUUACUAGGUCAGUAUGCUAACCACUACACCUUUGUAGGCAUCGUGAUUUAAGGUCAAUAAGUUGAAAAUAAUAGUUCUCUGAUUUGCUCUGCUUUGAAUUAACUGCAGAUCAGUUCAUUUACACUCACUUUACAAUCACUGUUUUUUUAAUGAGCAUCAACAUGAGAUGUCUUGAAAUAUUGAGUUUAAGAUUUAUAAAAGUUGUCAUAAAUAAUUUGUUGUAUCUUUAAUAAAAAUAUGAAUACGCUGAUUAAAGCCAUAAAUGAGGUAUUGCAAAGAAAAGCUGUACUCCAUUAUUGCCACAUCUAUGUUUUGUUCAAACCCUGGUACAUGUGACAGUGAUGAACAGUCAUGACUUUAAUGGUAACUGUAUUACGUAAAUACUACAGAGACAUGUAUGUGCAUAUUUUAUUACUGUUUGUUGUGUUAGACGGUUAAUGCUGCUAUCAAAGUUAUAAUGUGUGUGUGUGUGUGUGUCUCUGUGUGUGUGUGUGUGUGUGUGUGUGUACCUAAUGUGGUGUUUAUUGUAAAUGUUAUUUAUGUUGGAUGUUUCAGGUCAGCUGUGUUUUCAUUUAUGGAAUCAGGGAAAUGAGUCUUUGUUUUGUUAGACUACUGCACUGUCUCUACACUUGUACAUCUGAAUAAAUGUUUAACAUUGUGA